AUGUCGACCUCGACGCACACCAACCGCACCAAGUCCACGACAAAGUCUGCAAAGCGGCGAGCACACGCAAAAUCCAGCAAUCCGUGCUCAUGCAUCUCCACUUCCUUCGAAGUUGCAAUAGCAAAGGCAGACGAAAAGGACAGACGGCGUACGGGGCCUAAACCAUGGCUAGAGCGGAAGUUUACCGUAGCAGUCGUCAUAGCACUAUUCGCCUGGAGUAGCUAUGUAUUCUGGGGCAUCAUCCUCUUGCGCUGCUGGAAGAGACGAGCGGAUGCUCUCGUUGGCUUUCCGGCUGGAGUCGUCUUAUCCAUAUUCUAUGGCCUAUUCGCCGUUAUGUUUGUCGUCACAUACACAAAGAUAAUAUUCACUGGACCAGGUUUCGCCAUGGAUUUUGUCACCAAGAGCGACCCACCUCUGGCCUCUGACCCGCCACCCGACCCACUGGGCAGUGCCUUGUCAGAACCUGCAGCUGCGCCCGCAUCAAGACCAGUGCCUGCAAUUGUCUACCCUCCAUCACACAAUGCAGCUGGAUCGGAAUAUCGGCCCAUCUCCCAAGAAGACGACAUGGAGGACGAAGGAAACAGUCAAACUAUCGGUGUUCCAUAUGAAGCCAUGAGCGUACGUCCGAAUGGACAUACUCGCUCCGGCAGCACAACGGCCAUUCCACCGACACCUCAUACCAUCCGAGAACAGACUGAACCACAUUCUCCGACGAUGCCUACGUCUCCGAAUGGUAUAUCGCAACCCAAGCCCGCCGUUCUCCGUAAAGACUCGAAACGGACUAGCGCAAAUUCGAUCCCAACCCCGACCCAGUCCCAACCAAAACCAUCCUUCUCAUCAUCACGAGUGUCUGCUGAAACUCGACCGACGGAGUCUAUCAAGACUCAAAAGUCGAAACCGCUCAAGAUUACCCGUGGUAAUAGCUUGAGCAGCCACCAGUCCAACUCGCCUCCAGCAUCGCCCGGACUUUCCUCUUUCCCAUCCACAACGACCAAGCGUCCUCCGCCUAUCAAGACGGGCACGAGCGGCUAUCGAUUCGAAUCGUCAUCCUACAUCUUUGAACCUCCGAGACUCUCUUCGCAAACGCACUCACGAACCAAUUCCAAGUCUGGUGUCAAGACGCCAAAUGUCCCUACGACGAUGCCGACGCCUUCUGCUUCGGCUAUGCCUACGCCUGGCCUCGCUCCGUCUGCGCGUCAUCCAAAUUUUGAUGUAAGCGGCCGGACAGAGCCGUUUGGAGAAGAUGAGAUUGCACGACCUCAGCCAUAUUUAGACGACUUGCCACCUAUUAUGUCGAGAUGGAGUCGAAGGCCAUCUGAUAUGCCAAUCCUGGAUCCAUAUUACCGAUAUUGCUCGAGAGAUAUGAUUAUCAAACCGAUGAGAGCACAUCAUUGUCGGAUAUGCAACACAUGUGUUCUAGGCUAUGACCAUCACUGUCCAUGGAUUGGUGGAUGUGUAGGAGCGCAAAAUCGAAAGUUCUUCGUUGUCUUUCUCUUCUGGUGCACCCUCUAUCUUCUCUACACAAUUGGCCUUCUCAUCGCGGCCAUUGUGCAAAAAGCGACCGGAACUCAUAUCCCAUCAAAUGCACCAGCAACAUUUGAUAGUAUUGGUAUAGACGGCAACUUUCUCGCACUCAUCAUCAUCUCUGGACUGCUCUGCCUCUUCUCAUCCGGUAUGCUCUUCACGCAUGUUCAUCUCCUCCGUCGAAACGCGAGUACGGUCGAAUGGCAUGGCAUACAAAAUAUGCGAGAACGCGAACGAGCCGUGCUGAGUCAGGCGAUUCCUGUCUGUCAAUGUCUUGGAAUGGGUUCGCAUGAGAAUGGAGGGCUCUUAGGACGAAAAGAUGACUCUCCUUGGCGCAGUGGUGCGGGUGAUGCUGUCAAGGAACUGGGACUUCCAGCUGGGUUCAAAGGGAGAAAGGCACUGCGGGAGCGGUGGGACGAGGAGUGGGGCAGAAUAGGCAAGGAGGGAAAUUUGUGGUGGUUGGGAUCUGGUCGUGCCAACUGGGAGGCGGUCAUGGGACAUAAUCCAUGGACAUGGUUUCUGCCGAUUGGCGACACCUCGCGUGCUGGUCUUGAUUAUCCGCUCAACCCGCGUUUCGAUGAGCGGGGCCGAUGGAUGAGAAGACGAGAUUGGCCCCUGGAGCUUCGGUGA